UUGAGUCGGGCCGGAGUUGAACGCAGUUUAUCCGUUAAUUUUACUUAUAACUUUAUCAACGCAAACAAUAAUUGUGUUGAUAUAUUAAAAGCGUCUCCUUGGUGGCGAGAAAGCGGGGGGAGGGGCUCACUAACCAGCCAAGCCAACCAGCGGAGAGAGCGUUGCAUAAUUUUACAUAGCUAAUGUGUUGGAUGAGUUGCAACUUUCUGUUGGUGCCGUGCCGUAAAAGUUAUCCACUAAAUUAAAUUAACACAUUAACGAGUGCACACCGCGUACCGGGUGGAAAAGUGGUUUCCCUCUCGGUGCGAACUGAUAAUUUCGGUGAUUUGUUGCGAAAUAGCCGCCCCCAUAUAACAAAGCAAUUGUUAUCCGGGCUGUUCCAGUCACAGCUCCACUUUAUCGGGCACGUUUCCAUCAGAGCUAUCAGAGCUUAUCGGCGCACAGUUGUACACAGUCAUCACAAUGCGCUACUGCCCGCCCAACGUGACCCUCAGUGAGGUGUGGACACAGCAUGGCAUCUCGCACUGCUUCAUGGACACCGUGGGCCCGGCCGUUUACGGCGGGUUCCUGUUGCUCUUCGGCUGCAUCCAGCUGCUGAUGUACCGGAAGUAUGCCACCCGAAUCACAGAUCCCACACAAAUCUCCAGGUCGCGCCUGUACGCGCUGCAGCUCUUCCUGCUGCUUCUGCUCCCGGUGCUGGCAGCGAUACGGUUCCUGCUCAAUGCACGCAUCUAUACAGACAGUACGGUGUACGGAUACAUGCUAUUCUCCACCGGCGUUGUGUGCUUCUGCUACCCGUUCAGCAUUUGCCUGAUAUACAAGGAGCGCUUCUACCAGCUACCCUCGACGCCCACACGUGGACACGGGCUUAUUCUGCUGCUCUUCUGGACGCUGGCCUUCAUCAACGAGUCGCUGGCAUUCAUCAAUCUGCGACACGAGGACUGGUGGUUCCAUCUGAAAACCAACAAGGAUCAAAUUGAAAUGGGUCUGUUUGUCACCCGCUUCCUCUGCUCGCUGCUGAUCUUUGUCUUGGGCCUGAAGGCCCCUGGCAUCAUGGCGCCCUACAACCCUCACCAACGGCUGGACAAUGACACCUCGAGUGAAUCGCAAGGAAACGUUCCCACGGGAUCGGCUUUCAGGAACGGUUGGCGCAAGCUGCGCACGCUCUUCCCCUACCUGUGGCCCAAGAAGGAUCUGGCGCUGCAAUUGGCCGUCAUCGUCUGUAUUAUACUGCUGAUUGCCGGUCGCGUCAUAAAGCUGUUUUUGCCGAUUUAUCGCAAGUUGUUGGUGGACAGUCUGACCAUUGAGCCGAUCAUCUUCCGCUGGGACUUUGUGCUGAUCUAUGUGGCUCUAUCCUUCCUGCAAGGCGGCGGCACCGGGGGCAUGGGAUUGUUUAAUAAUCUGCGCACUUUCCUGUGGAUCCGAGUGCAGCAGUACACGACCCGCGAGAUUGAGAUCGAGCUAUUCCAGCAUCUGCAUCAACUUUCGCUGAGGUGGCACUUGCAGCGAAAGACGGGCGAGGUGCUGCGAGUCAUGGACCGUGGCACGGACUCGAUCAACAACCUGCUCAACUACAUUGUCUUCUCGAUUACGCCCACCAUUCUGGAUCUCAUUGUGGCCGUCGCCUUCUUCAUAUACGCCUUUAAUUGGUGGUUCGGACUUAUCGUCUUCCUCACCAUGUUCCUGUAUAUAGCCUCUACCAUUGCCAUUACGGAGUGGCGUACCAAAUACCAGAGGAGAAUGAACCUGGCGGACAACGAGCAGCGUGCUCGCAGCGUGGACUCUUUGCUGAACUUUGAAACUGUCAAAUACUAUGGAGCCGAGGGAUACGAGGUGGACUGCUAUAGGGAGGCCAUCCUUAAGUAUCAAAAGGAGGAGUUCUUGUCCAUGCUGACCCUGAAUAUGCUGAACACCGCCCAGAACAUUAUCCUGUGCCUGGGCCUGCUUGCCGGAUCGCUGCUUUGCGUCUAUCUGGUGGUCCACCACCAAACCCUGACCGUGGGUGACUUCGUUUUAUUCUCUACGUACCUCAUGGAGCUGUACAUGCCGCUGAACUGGUUCGGCACCUACUACCGAGCCAUCCAGAAGAACUUUGUGGACAUGGAGAACAUGUUCGAUCUGCUGCGCGAGGAGGAGGAGAUCGUGGAUGCGCCGGGCUGCUCGCCACUUCUUACCGCCGGCGGUGGCAUCGAGUUCUCUAACGUAACCUUUGGCUAUUCACCGGAAAAGGUGGUGCUGCGCAACGUGAAUUUUUCAGUGCCCGCCGGGAAGACGGUGGCGAUUGUGGGACCCUCUGGAGCGGGCAAGAGUACUAUUAUGCGGCUGCUCUUCCGCUUCUAUGAUGUGCAGACGGGAGCUAUCCUGAUAGAUGGCCAGAAUAUUAAGCUGGUGCAGCAGCAGAGCCUGCGAAAGGCCAUUGGCGUUGUGCCUCAGGAUACGGUUCUGUUCAACAAUACCAUUUUCUACAACAUCGAGUAUGCGAAGUUGGGUGCUUCCGCCGACGCCGUCUACGAAGCUGCUCGAGCCGCCGACAUUCACGAGAGGAUCCUCGGUUUCCCAGACAGCUACGAAACGAAAGUAGGCGAGCGGGGUCUCCGUCUCAGUGGAGGCGAAAAGCAACGUGUGGCGAUUGCCAGAACCCUCCUGAAGGCGCCCAUCAUUGUGUUGCUUGAUGAAGCCACCUCGGCUCUGGAUACUCACACGGAGCGCAAUAUUCAGGCUGCCUUGGCCCGUGUCUGCGCCAAUCGUACCACCAUCAUUGUGGCCCACCGGCUCUCCACCGUCAUCCAUGCCGACGAGAUCCUUGUGCUGAAGGAGGGAAGCAUUGUGGAGCGCGGUAGGCACGAAGAGCUCGUCCUCCGUGAGGAUGGCAUCUAUGCGGAUAUGUGGCAGCAGCAGCUAAAGAAUCUAGAUGCGGAGCAGAGCGGCUCCGAAAACGGAGAUGCCAGUGCUGAAUCGAGCACUGAGAAACGAGGUGCCAGUGGGGCUGGAGGAGGAGCCAGACCAAGUGGGGCUGGACCAAGCGGUGCUGGAACGGGUGGUGCCCACUUCAGGGCAGGACAUGCUCAUGGGGGAGCGCGCUAGAGCUAAGAACAUACACAAAAUACUUUCUGUUAUUCCUGUCUCCAUGUGAUUUGUGGUAAAUUGUUUUGUUACGUAUAAGACGUUCGUGCAAGUCCAAGUUCGUCAAUAAGUAAUCGUAUACACGCUACUCUUAUACAAAUAAAUAACAUAGAUUUUUAUAGACAA